AUUUUGACAAAGCCUGGAAUACCCCAUAUAAAACAGUCUGUCUAUCAUGGGAGCACCCACUUCCUCUGAACCAGUUAAGUCUUACCUACCUGACUCCUUCUGGGACUGAGAAGGAUUUCCCAGGCAUCUACCUUUUUAGAAGAGAGCAGAAAAUGAUGAAGUCCCAGGGGUUAGUAUCAUUCAAGGAUGUGGCUGUGGAUUUCACCCAGGAGGAGUGGCAGCAACUGGACCCUGCUCAGAAGACCCUAUACAGGGAUGUGAUGCUGGAGAACUACAGCCACCUUGUCUCAAUGGGGCAUCCAGUUUCCAAGCCAGAUGUCAUCUCCAAGUUGGAACAAGGAGAAGAUCCAUGGAUCAUAAAGAGAGACGUACCAAAUUGGAUCUACCCAUAUGAAGAUCAGGCAGAUGGGCGACAAGGGAAGAAAAGUAACCUUGACAACACCCAAUCAUGUAUUUUGGGGUCUGUUUCCUUCCAUAAUAAGAUACUGAAAGGAGUCACAAAGGAUGGUUCACUUUACUCCAUUUUAAAAGUCUGUCAAGGUGAUGGCCACCUGCAGAGAUGUCAGAAAAACAGACAUUUCAGGCAAGUAACAGUCAUCAACAACAAAACAAUGACUGUGGAGUCAGACCACAAAUAUAAUGCAUUGGGGAAAAUAUUUCAAGAAUGCAUAGGGUCAGAUACUUCAAGACAAAGAUCCCAUAACUGUGGUGCAUUUAAAAAUGACUUGAAAUCUAGUAUUGACCUACCUAGUUGUAAUAAGAGCAAUUCAGGAAAAAACCCUGAUGAGAGUUUUGGAUGUGGAAAAUCAUCCAUCCAUGGUGUGUCCAAUCCUGAUCUUGAGAAAAUUCACAAUCAAGUAAUUCCCUGUGAUGAUAAUGAGUGUGGAAACAUUUUCAGCAAGAAACAAUCCCUUAUUCAGUAUCAGAAUGUUGAAACUAAGGAGAAAACCUGUGUAUGUAUUACAUGUGGAAAAGCCUUUGCUAAGAAGUCACAGCUCAUUGUACAUCAACGAAUUCAUACUGGGAAGAAACCAUACAAUUGUGGUGCAUGUGGGAAAGCCUUCAGUGAGAAGUUUCACCUCAUUGUACAUCAAAGAAUUCAUACUGGGGAGAAACCUUAUGAGUGUUCUGAAUGUGGAAAAGCCUUCUCUCAAAAAUCAUCCCUCAUUAUACAUCAAAGAGUUCAUACUGGGGAAAAACCAUAUGAAUGUAGUGACUGUGGAAAAGCAUUCUCCCAGAAAUCACCCCUCAUUAUACAUCAGAGAAUUCACACUGGAGAGAAACCUUAUGAAUGUAGGGAGUGUGGUAAGGCCUUCUCCCAGAAGUCACAGCUGAUUAUACAUCAUAGAGCUCAUACUGGAGAGAAGCCCUAUGAGUGUACUGAAUGUGGGAAAGCCUUCUGUGAGAAGUCCCACCUCAUCAUACAUAAAAGGAUUCACACUGGAGAGAAACCUUACAAAUGUGCUCAAUGUGAGGAAGCCUUCAGCAGGAAGACAGAACUCAUUACACACCAGUUAAUUCACACUGGGGAGAAACCUUAUGAAUGUACUGCAUGUGGGAAGACCUUCUCCCGGAAGUCACAGCUCAUUAUACAUCAGAGAACGCAUACUGGAGAAAAGCCCUAUAAAUGCAGUGAAUGUGGAAAAGCCUUCUGUCAGAAAUCACAUCUCAUUGGACAUCAGAGGAUUCACACAGGAGAAAAACCUUACGUUUGUACUGAAUGUGGGAAAGCCUUCUCUCAAAAGUCUCACCUCCCAGGACAUCAGCGGAUUCAUACAGGAGAGAAACCUUAUAUAUGUGCUGAAUGUGGAAAGGCAUUUUCUCAGAAGUCAGACCUUGUUUUACAUCAGAGAAUUCAUACUGGGGAAAGACCUUAUCAGUGUGCUGUAUGUGGGAAAGCCUUCAUCCAGAAAUCACAACUCACUGUACAUCAGAGAAUUCACAGCAGUGGUAAAAUAAUAAUGAACUAAAAACACAGACAAGCUUUCAGUAUUAGCUCAAGCCUUAAUAAACAACAGAAACCUGAUUAAUUUGAUACAUUUGUGGACAACAUCUUUAUAGAGAAAAUUUUACAAGAGAAUUCGUGUCUGUAGUGUGGUGAUACCUAACUCAGCAGAGAUGAUGGGAAAUAAUUACAUAAAUGAAGGACAUUUCACCAUGGCAUGUAAAGCUUUUAAAGUCAUGAACUGAAUGAUCAGUAGAACAAAUUAUGUAUAUAGAAUAUUGUCAAAUUACAUAUUCCUUAUUAUACCAUAACAAU